AUGGCGAUCAAAGAUUUAAUAACCGGGACAAACAGUACUUCGGCUUCCUCUGACCCCAGAAUGCACGGCUCGGUUUCAUUGAUCAUCCUCCUUUAUGAGAUAAUGCAAUUACAAACAUCAAUAAGGGGCUGCAAGGGGAAUCAUUAUGCGGUGACAGUGAUAAAUGACGGUGCAGAAAUAGCAUGCUUUUUCCCCCCUAACAAUCCCGGAGCCCAGGGGCUCCGGGGGCUGAACACAGUCGCCAAGGAAACAGAUGACAUCCCAAACGGCACCAAAGGAAAAAAAAUGAACAGUCUUUCUUUGCCUUUCACUCUUUUCCGUCUUCCAAAGAAUGGGGGGCGGGGGCGGUGCGGAGAACGCGCAUUUACACAGUCUCUGCGUUGUGUCUCCCCCGCUUUUGUCCCGUGGAAACUGAGUCUCCACAACACACUGGCGCCUGGCGGGUCGGCCAGUAAAGGGACGGGUGCGCGUGGCUCGCCUCCAUCUCCCCGCCGUGCCAGACGCUGCUCCGUGCCAAGGCGAAGGGUGGGAGCAGGCGUCGGCGAGGGGCGUUUGCCGCCGCGCCGGUUUCAGAGAUGGAGUUCUCCAAGGGCGCGGGGGUCGUCCCUCCAUCCAGGAAUCUAUUUCUUUUCCUUUUCUUUCUUUAUUAUUAUUAUUAUUAUUAUUAUUUUUGAAACCCCGAGGUACCUUCCAAGUGGCUUUAAGAGGGCCCCGCUCCGCCUUGGGAGAGAAUGUUUCAGACGCGCUGGCUGGCGGAUCGCGCGGAAAGGGGACCUCCCCCGCCCUUCCGGCAGCCCCCAGCUCGGGCCCCGGCCCCCCACCCUCUCUCCCUCCCUCCCUCCCUGCCCCUUGCUGGGCCCUGGGAUUCCCAGCCUCGUGGAGAGGGUGCACCGUGGCCACCCUAAGGGCUUCGGGACGCCGAGCAGCCAGGCGUGCGCGGCGUCACGGGAGAAGGGAGUGAGGGCAGGAAGAACGGCCGGCCAGGCGGAGCGCCCCCUCUAUCCUGUUGCAGGUUCUCCUGCGGCGUGCAAACGCCGACCCCGGAGCUCCGCGAGGGCCUGCCGGGAUCCGAAAGGAGGGGAAAGUGUGCGGAGCUUUGCAAGUGCGCCGAGGGAGUUCGGGCCUAAAGCGCCCGGCAGAGGCCCAGAGCUCCCCGCUGCGGCUCGCCCCCGCCCCGGGGGCCCUGCCCGAGUUCCAGGUGCCCUCCGGUGCCCAGGCUCUCAGGGGCACGCUCCCAGGGCCUGCGUGGGCCUCGGGAAUCCGGACAGACGUGGCAGAGUCCAGCACAAAGCACCCCGAGCGCUUCCGAGGGAAAGACACCCCCUUGGAGGUGUCUCUCCACACCUUUCCGCCCAGAACCCGGCCUUUCCGGCGUCCAGACACAAAACCGACCGCGUCCCAGCUCGACUUUCAGGUCGGGAGAGAGCAGGACGUGAGAGGCUACUGCAGGCGCCCGAGCAGCCCCUCCCUGCUCUGGGCCCGGGGCAGGGUCUCGUCGAUCCACGCACUGGGCCCAGGCCGGACCCUGUGCACUACGGGACCCAGGGGUAGCUGCGUCCUGGCCGGAGCUCGGCGCAGCUGCCCGCGGGAUG